AGGAAACCGAUUAGUUAAAGCGAGAAAAAACGAAAGUGCUGAAAAUGGAUUCAGAGCACAGACGAAGCGAGAGCAGCUAUGAAGCAAGGAAUGAAAGAGAUGACGUCCUUGACGAUAGGAACGACGUUGUUCAAGAUGAAAUAACGCCAAACAUCAGCGAACCUCCACAACCAGGCGCAUCCGGCUUUAGUCCAACAGAAUUUUGCGUCUGCCCUGGAGAAACAACCCUUUUACUUGAUGUGAAUGAAGCCAUCUGCCCCCUUUGUGGGAAACUCAUCGACAAAACUGUAAAAGAAGCUACGACUUCAGCGACUAAUGAGCAGGGCGCAACAGCAAAUGGCCAUGUUGACGGAUUAAUUUCAAGUCUGGUACAAGGACUAGUCAUUGUUCCAUCCGAAGCAUCUCUCGAAGAUGAAAUUUUUGCUUCAACACAAGAAAAUGGGAGCGUAGAUACAGAUCUUCCAUGUGAGGAGGGACAAGGUGGAAUCAAAAUUCCCGUUGAAAGCAUCUCACACCCAUCAGUCCAAGUGCCAUGUGAACCUCUCCUUCUGAAGUUCUUUGUGCUGAAACAAGAUCAUAUAGAUGUUAAUGAAAUGUUAUUUUCAUUACAUUUCAUCGAACAUUCAGAACAGGGGAGGGUAACUUCAUCUGUAAGACAGUUGGAGCAACACCUGGGAAUGAGAUUUCAGGUUGUCCCACUUGGUGAGGAACAUUCUAUCCAAGCAGAGAGUAAGCAUCUCCACACCAUCAAUGUAGACCAACAAAUUACAGUUAUGUUUCAAUUGCUGAAACAAUGUGAAAGAAAAUUCAUACUGCGUGGGGACACUUUUGAGGUACCUUUGAUGCGUAUAAAGUCCUUGUGCCAGAACAGAAUUCCUGGUUCUGUAGCUCAAGUUUGCGUGAUGCCUAUUUGUGAACCUGGGGAAGUUUGUCAGGAUCACAUUAAGAUGACAAUCAACACUGGGCAUACUAUUCACAUCAUGUUAAUUCCUAUCUGGUCUUCAAGGCCAGCUGAUCAAGGAGAGUAAAAAAUGCCUCUGUGCCUGGAAGUCCACCAGCAGGUCAUAGACUAUUAAUAUUACCACUUAGUAUCAAUUGCCAUUGUGAAUUAUUUGUAAAAUAUAGCUUAGCAUAUAAACAGAUUACAUAUAGUCAAAACUUGCAGUAGCAGCCCUCAUAAUCAAGCAUUAUUUACACAAUGAAUGCAGGGUAUCAAAAUGUCAGUUUAAAUAAUUGCAUUAACUUUGUAGGUUAGCUGUGAUAUAAUCUAGCAACAUUAAAUUGAUUUCUUAGAACUAUGAAAUUGGGAAACCCUCCCAAAAAAAACAAAACAAAACAAAAAAAUUAGCUCUAGAGGUGGAGCGAUUUUCAAUUGAGUGUUGAAAGUAAUCCGAGAUUGCAUUGGUUUUGCUCCUUUUCUCUACUGUGAUAGGUCAAAAAACUUGCACCCUUUUUAACAGUUCAUUUGCAAAACCAAAUCCAGUAAUAACUUGGUGACUUGCAUUUUUUGCCCUUAGGGAGUUUGCUUUGUCUUACCCUAAAUUCUCACUGGCUAUUUACCAUGCUUCCUAUUACUCUGCUUGGCCAUUGUGAUUACUUUAACUUUGGUUUGACGACA